CAUAUAUUUCUGGUCGAUCUUUAAUUGAUUCACGGAAUCGAAUCAACAGUUUUGAUGCAGAAUUAUGGCAGCACUGGCCAUUCUGGCCUUCAAACUUCAAAUCAAAAUCAGAUUUUGCUAUGGAUGGGGUGCGGUGUUGUUUAUUAUUUAUGGACUGUAAUUGUUGUUUUUAUUAGAAAAUCUUAUAAUAAAAACGUUUUUAUUCUAAUGAAAACGGUGUCAUACGACUACCCAGAUGGAAUUAGAACAUAUCCUAGGCAUCCAGAUUUUAUUUCUAGGCGGCAUCACUGCCGGAUAUCAUUCAUUAAACAUGGACAUCCCGACUAUACAGAAAUAUGUGAUGUUAUUAGCCCGCUUCACUGCUUGCCUACUAUCCAGCCAAUUCCUCGAGCUGCUGAUCCAGGCAAUCUACACUGCCUUUCAAACCAGGCGACUCCCUGAGUUCCGUUGGAGAGACAAGUACAAGAACACCGUUUAUGCCUUCGGAGUGUCAACGGCUGUACUUGCGGUGAACAGUCAAUUGGUACUGGAGUUGGAUGUGGUCUUGAUAAUGAUAGCUUGCUCUGUUGCCAGAUAUAUUGAAGCGAAACGACGUUCCGCAACGAUAACUUAUGGAGAAGGGAUGGCGUGCAGCUUCUCCGAGGGUUACCUGUAUCAAGUGAUUCCCAGCGACGGAGCCAGAUUCUACGGUCUAGAAGAACAAAUCCGCGAAGCUGAAGCCGACCAUGGAGUCUUCUUCCCAGUUCGGAGACUCUUCAUAGUGGUGACCAAGUCUCUCUUCUGUCCGCCAAACUUGGAGCAUUUCAACAAACGGGACCCGAUGCAGCCAAGCUUGGAAGCCUGCAGGAGUCUGUCCGACGUGCAAAAAGAUGUCGCUGGAGUGCGGGACCGCAUUUAUAGAAAUACUACAUACAAGAUUCGCCGCCACCCCGACGAGCCCAGGCCCGUGCACGUGGUCGCAGAAUGCGCGACGCCUCUCCACACACUUUGGAAGGUGCUCCAGCGGCGCACGGUCUACCAACGUCUAGCGAUAGCGGACGGCGAUGAGAUAACCGCGGAGUUCUGCGCCACACUGCCGGCCAUCGUCGCCAACAGCCCCGAGUUGCGCGGCAAGGUCGACCUCGUCUACUACGACGACACGAAUCCCGAGGAAAACUUGGCUGAAGUUCUACUGGCGAAGAUUCGAGAAAUCGAACCGAAUUACGAACAUAUUAUCAGGAACAAAUAACCACUCUGAGUUUAAUAAUACUAUCACGAAAAUCGCAAAAUGACACGUUAUCAUGGCUGGCUAGAAAUGUAAGUCUAAGUUAAUUCUGGAUUCAGUAACCAAGUGUGACAGUGCCACUACAAUCGUAAUGCUUUGUAUUGUAGUGUGAACCGAAAUAAAUCAUAACAAUGGAAAAAAUUACCAAGACCUCCUGUGUCCAGAGCCGCAAUUGAACCAGCGCCCUCUGUUUACGCGACAUAUGCUUAGACCGUAUGGGAUUUAGGUUUCUAGUUUAAAUAGUAGGUAAGUAUGUACAGUAAGCUGCAGAGGUAACUGACCCACCUGCAAACAAGUUGAUCUAUGCAAGGGGGAGUCAGUUAUCUCUGCAGCUUACUGUACUCACAAAUAUCGGAACACGACAUCGUCAAGGCAAAUGCAUGUUCAGAUAUUUUCAAACAUUACAUUAUACUUUGUAUCUUUAGGUAUUUCAAUUAAACAAACAAUUUGUAUAUAUUUUUUGAUUAACCAACCAAAUCCAAAACCGCCUGGAUCCGUCUCUGAACGACCUGACUUUAACCUACAUUAUUUGAUCAUGUAAUAUUUUCAUCUACCCUCAACUGCCUUAAGGAGCUAUUUGAGGGUAGAUUUAGUUUACUUUUAUUUAAAUACCUAAAGAUACAGAGUGUAGUUAAGUUGCUACUUUUACAGUCACGUCACCAUCAAAAAUAUCUUUACUAUAAAGCUGCCAGUCGACCAUUCGUGAAAUAUAUAGCAAUUAGUAAUAGUUGUUAGUUUUGAUAAGGAAUCGUACUGAAAAUUUCCGUGCCAAUGAUAAUAAUAGGUACAUGUAAGUACAUUUUAAUCUAUAACAGCCCGGUGGCUUAUAAAAAGGCCUUAUUUCACUGUAUUUUGAAUCUUUACUUUUUUAACAUUUAGCAAGUUUUAAUUUCUGGUGGUUAAGUUUUUUUUAUAAUUGAUUUGGGAAUCCAGUUCCAAAUCAAAUGAUUAUAUUUUUUGACAUUUCCAGUAGGUGCUCGGUAAUCCGGCACCCAAUUUUUCCUCCUUUGCCGGAUUAGUGAAUUUGUAUAGGAAACCCGGCUCUGUAAGCAUUCGGCUGUCUAAACUGCCGGAUUAAUGAGCUGGACAUCUAAGUCGCUAACUGCCGGAUUGACGAGCGCCUACUGUAUUAUUAAAAAUUAUAUUACUCGAUAAUUAUAUGACAAAUGAUUAUUACUAGAUUAGUGUUUAAGUAUAAGUAUGUUAUGUUAACAAUGUUUGUACUGUAGAUUGGUAUUUAAAUCCGAUCUCAGUUUUGUAGUACAACAUAAGUAUCGUACACUAUAUUUUUGGAGCAAUUUUAUUUAUAGUUAUAAAGUAAGAUCAUUAAUGGCUUUGGCUGGUCGAAGUAUUUGACAGGUGGCGCCAGCAUAGGUUUUACGAAUGUCAUACGACUGUUGUCACCUAGAACCUAAAACCUAAUUAUGUAACUGUACAGCUAGUGACGUUUAAGUUUGUGACUCCCCCUCGUCACAACAUGUCAAAUUUACUUGAUCCCCUCCCUACCCAUAAACGUGUGACGUAUUUAAUGGAUGACCCCUUAAAUGAGGCCUCGAUAUUAGAAAACAAACACUAGAAUUUUGCACUAUUCGUAUGAACAGUCACAUAAGCCAUUAAUUAAGCCAUUAAGAACAUAGAACAAAACUAGCGACAAGUAAAACCCAUGCUGGCGCCAUCUAUCAGAACCUUACACAGCUGCCAGCUAAGUUGACUUGUUUAUUUAAUCGUAUGGCAUACAUAUCGUAAAAAUAGAGACAAUAUAAUUAAUUAAAUGUCUACACAUAGACCAGUCAGCCACUUCAUGGCUUCGUCGCUCAGGGUGAUCAGGUCUUCGGGAGGGCCGGCGACAUAACGCGUUAUAGGGCAGUCUUGAAUUAUGUGCUGGAUGGUUUGGGCUUCCGCACCGCAGCUGCAGGCUUGACUUGUGAUACUUGACAGUGUGACAUGUUGUAAGUGCCUUGACAUAUUUUCAUAUAAAUUUGACGUUCUACGCUAAAAGUGUGGGAUGUACUUUGUCAUAGCAAUACGUUGAAGUUAGACGCAGAUAUAUCAACCGUGUCUAACGUAUAGUUGCAUCUUGGAUGCGCCCGUUUCCAGUUACAAAAUUUAGUAAGGGUGUGUGAAGCGCUUUAGCUUGGACCAACUCUAGGAAUUAUUUGGCAUGGACACACACCAUCAACAAGUUUAAGGCCUGUGCACACAGAAAGAGUUGCCUCGUGGGGAAAUUGCCGCGCGAAGCAGACGUGCCUCGCCGCGAGGCAAUGCGGCCGAUAACAUGAGACGGUGAAAAAGCGCCAGUGUUCAAGCUGUAGGGCGCAAUUUCACUGGGUCGAUUAUCAGCGCCAGGCUUUUAGCACACGUUAUCGACACAAAUGAGGCAGUGUAAACACGCCUUAGAGUAGGAAUGUUGCUACUUAUGUUUUUUUUUUUUUUCAAAGAAUAUAUUAAGAUUGAAAGUAGUUUUGCGGAUCAAAUCCGGCUAGUCUUUAAGAUUUAAUUGCAUUCGAAAUUCGAAUUGAAAAUUGUUAAUAUUUGUGUUUAUUUUUUAUUUUUACUUAUUAAAAUUCUAUGCUCGUUGCAAUCUAGCGGUACGAAUUUUGGUGUAAUCAAGUACCUACGAUUUGACUAAUUAUUAUGGCAGGUGAGAUUUUAAUGAUGUUACUUGCUACUACUACUUAAGAUUACUAAAGCAUUUAUUGAUUACAUUUGAUAAAUAAUUUUCAACAAAA